AUGACCAGUUAUAUGGAUGAGAAGCCAAGUGUCAAGCGGACGUGGCGGUCGGUGAUCUGGGAUAACGACGCUGAUCUGAAGAGUCCUGAAGAGCGUCGCUUGGUGUUCAAAAUUGACUGCACGAUUCUUAUCUACGCAUGUCUCGGCGAGUUCUUGAAGCUUCUUGACCAGGGCAACUUGAGUAACGCCUACAUUUCGGGCAUGAAAGAAGAGAUCAAUCUCACCGGAAAUACAUACAAUACUGCAUCCUCCAUGUUCUCUGUUGGCUAUGCAAUAGGGAUCAUACCCGCCACCCUUCUCCUCACCAAGUUCCGUCCUUCUAUCAUUCUCCCGAUCGCCGAGCUCUUCUGGGGUACCGCAACGCUCGCAACAUGUGCUGUCAAGACGCCCGCUCAUCUAGCUGCAUGUCGAUUUUUCGUUGGACUCUCAGAAGCACCGUUCUAUACUGGUCUGGUCGUCAUUCUCGGGACAUGGUAUACUCCAGCAGAACAAGGCAAACGACAGUCCAUCCUCUUCGUGAUGGCCCAAGUCGGAAAUCUAUUCUCUGGAUAUCUCCAAGCUAGUGUUUAUCAUCUCGGUGGCGUCAGUGGAAUGAGUGGUUGGAGAUGGCUAUACGUCAUUGACGGCUGCAUGACUAUCCCCAUCGCCCUCCUAGGUUUCCUAGUCUUUCCCGACACCCCAGCUGCCGCUCGUUCCUUCCUCUUCGAUGCUUCCGAACGCGCCCUCGCCACCACACGCGUACAAGCCGCUCGCAUUGCCCAGCCGACAGGCCAUUUCAUCCGGUGGAACGUGAUCAAGAAGGCUCUGAUGAACAAGUAUUAUUGGUUAUUCGUAUUGGGGUAUAUUUUGUAUGGGUUGAGCACGCAGGCGUCGUCAACUUGGUUCGGUGUUUGGCUGAAGUCAGAAAACUACUCAGUUUCUCUCCGCAACAUAAUCCCAACCUGUACCAACGUUGUCACCAUCGUGUCCGUCCUCACCUUCGGCUGGAUCUCCGACAUCUACCGCACUCGUCCAAAGGUCAUCGUCGCCGCCAUCACCUAUUCUCUAUUCCCACAGAUCUGUUUAUCGGUGUGGAAUAUUCCAAACGGGUUGAAGUUCUUUUCCUAUUUGACCUUGGGGGUCGAGUUCAUCACGGCGCUUUUCUUCUCUUGGGCAGCGGAGAGCAUGAGAGAUGAUUUUGCGGUCAAAGCAUUCACCCUGGCAUCGAUGAACGCCCUUCAAUACGCCAUGUCAGCAUGGGUUUCGAUUUUGCAAUUCCCCGCUUCCCAAUCCCCAAAAUUCGCCUUUGCGUACCAACUUUGUGCGAUUUUCGGCGGAAGUUGUAUCGGGAUAAUCGGAAUUAUUUGUUGGCUUCAAAGAAGGGAGGAGGGGAAGAGAGAGACGAUAGAGGAAGAAAUUAUUGAAACGAGCGAGAAGGGGGAGAAGGAGGAGAAGUAA